CACCUGACUUUGAAUUAUCACUCAGUGGAGAACUCGGAAGCUAAAGURGGCCAUAUUUCAACACGGAUUAAAGUAAUUUCUGACGUUUCCGCGUUGAAACUCACGUUGUGUCUUCGUGCCAUUGUAGACGAGAACGUAAAAAGUAAAGCCUGUGCUGUUUGAGACCYGAAACGAGUGAAGCUGGUGCUAGCUUUAGCCGCUAGGCUAGCAGGUUUGGGAUGUGUUUAUCUCCUCCAGACAUUUAUGUAGCUUAUUUAAAUUAGCGCGCUGGGCAUAAACUAAGUACGUUGGCGUACAUUUAAUCAUGGCUUCGAUCCUUGAUGAGUACGAGGACUCCCAAAACAACAGGCAAGGUUCUCAGCAGCACAGCCGCCUGUCCCCUGCUAACAUCGGGCUAACACAUUCAGGCUUUGUGAACGUGAGGCUCGAGGAAGAGAAACCAAUAUUCAACAAACAGAGGAUCGAUUUUACUCCACCCGAGAGGAUAAACCAUUUGGCAGUCUGCAGCAAUCAGCUAUGCAUGAGUCUUGGAAAGGACACCUUAUUGAGAAUUGACUUGGCCAAACCAGAUCAGCCUAAUCAAAUUGAAUUAGGAAGGAAAGAUGACAGCAAAGUCCACAGACUGUUCCUGGAUCCAACAGAUUCACUCCCUGGAGGAGGACGGCAAGCCCGCGCCGAUCUGCUGCUUGGAGGUGGAGCGAGGCCCGGACAACAAGUACUUCAUCAUCGCCACCACGCGCAAGCGCCUGUUCCAGUUUGUGGGUAAGGUGGCGGAAGGCUCGGAGCAGCAAGGCUUCAGCGCCAUCUUCAACCAGAACCAGGACCUGCUGCCCAGCUUCCAGGAGUUCCCGGCCAACAUGGGGUACAGCGAGAUCACGUUCUACACGGCAAAGCUUCGCAACGUGCCCAAAGCGUUUGCCUGGAUGAUGGGCAACGGGGUUCUGUACGGUCAGCUGGACUACGUCAGGCCCGAUUCACUCCUGAGUGACGUUCAGGUUUGGGAGUACACUCCGGACAUCGACAUUAAUGGCGACAGACCCAUCUCCAUCGUGCUGACCCAGUUCCACUUCCUGCUCCUCCUCCCUGACCGAGUCAAGGCCAUCUGCACUCUGAACGGACAGGUGGUGCACGAGGACGUGUUCCCAGACAAGUUUGGCGCCUUGAAGAGGAUGAUCAAAGAUCCCGUGGGCGGCUUGGUGUGGAUCUACACGGAGCGGGCCGUUUUCCGCUACCACAUCCAGCGCGAAUCCAGAGACGUGUGGCAGAUGUACAUGAGCAUGAACAAAUUUGACCUGGCCAAGGAGUACUGCCGGGACCGGCCCGAGUGCAUGGACAUGGUGCUGGCCCGAGAGGCCGAGUACUGCUUCCAGAACAAGCGGUACCUGGAGAGCGCCAAGUGCUACGCUCUGACGCAGAACUACUUCGAAGAGAUCGCGCUGAAGUUCAUCGAAGCCAAACAAGAGGAGGCCCUGAAGGAGUUCCUGCUCAGGAAGCUGAACAAUCUGAAGCCCAGCGAGAAGACGCAGGUCACUCUGCUGGUCACCUGGCUGGUCGAGCUCUACCUGAACCGCCUCGGGCAGCUGGAGAGCGACGGCAACGGCCUCGUCCUCCAGGAAACCCGCGAGGAGUUCCGCGCGUUCCUGAGCAAYGCCAAACACAAAGAGUGCCUGUUCAACAACCGCGGCACCAUGUACGACCUGCUGGCCAGCCACGGCAACGUGGACGACAUGGUGUACUUCUCCGUGGUCAUGCGCGACUACGAGCGCGUGAUCUCGCACCACUGCCAGAACGACAACUUCGCCGCCGCCCUGGACGUGCUGGCCAAGCACUGCGACGACAAGCUGUUUUACAAGUUCUCGCCCGUGCUGAUGCAGAACAUACCCCGGAGCGUGGUGGACGCCUGGAUUAAGAUGGGCAAGAGGCUGGACCCGAAGAAACUCAUCCCGGCCCUGAUGAACUACAGCCAGAUGGGCAGCACGCAGCAGAUCAACGAAACCAUCCGYUACAUGGAGUUCUGCGUGUACGAGCUGAACGUGACCGAGGAGGCCAUCCACAACUACCUGCUGUCGCUGUACGCAAAGUACAGACCAGACUCUCUGCUGCUGUACCUGGACCAGGCCGGCACACACCCSUCAGAGAUCCACUACGACCUGAAGUACGCGCUGAGGCUGUGUGCAGAGCACGGCUACCUCCAGGCCUGCGUGCUGGUGUAUCGCAUAAUGGAGCUGUACGAGGAGGCAGUGGACCUGGCUUUACAAGUGGACGUAGACUUGGCCAAAAGAUGCGCCGACCUGCCGGAGGACGACGAAGAGUUGAGGAAAAAGCUUUGGCUGAAGAUCGCCAGGCACGUGGUGCAGGAGGAGAAGGAUGUGAAGAAAGCCAUGAACUGCCUGUCGAGCUGCAACCUGCUCAAGAUCGAAGACAUCCUGCCCUUCUUUCCAGACUUUGUCACCAUUGACCACUUUAAGGAGGCCAUCUGUGGCUCCCUGGAGGAGUACAACAAGCACAUUGACGAUCUGAAGCAGGAAAUGGAGGAGGCCACAGAGAGCGCUAAACGAAUCAGAGAAGACAUCCAGGAAAUGAGGAACAAGUACGGUGUUGUGGAUUCCCAAGAAAAGUGCGCCGCUUGUGACUUCCCAUUGCUCAACAGGCCCUUUUAUUUGUUUCUGUGUGGACACAUGUUUCACUACGAUUGCCUGUUCCAGGAAGUGACUCCUCACUUAUCGGCCUUCAAGCAGAGUCGCCUAGAAGAGCUCCAGAAAAAGCUGGCAGCAACGACGCAAUCUUCCAAAUCCCGCCACCGCCAAGCGCCGAAGGAGGAGGGAGACACUUCCAGCCUUGGGAAAGGCACCGCGGGUACGACCCGCGAGCAGAUAAUAUCGGACAUCGAUGACAUCGUUGCCUCUGAGUGCGCGUACUGCGGUGAACUGAUGAUCAAAUCCAUCGACAAGCCUUUCAUUGAUCCGCAGAAAUUCGAACAAGAGAAAUCCAGCUGGCUGUGAAUAAACACUUCUGCUUUGAGCGUGAAAACAAUGCAAAGUGUCUUUUUUUUUUUUCCAGAGAAAAGGGCAUCAUGUGUAGGACUAAUAUACUGUAUUUAAUGGAAACAGCCAAUGAUUGUUGGUUAGUGCCUGAAAAUGUCAGCUGUUACGCUACAGAAAUCUCCUUUAUGUUGCUGUCAGUGUUUGAAGUUUAUGGGAUGAGCUUUGCACUUAUAAGCUUAUAAUGUAAAGAUGUCUAAUAUGUCCAUCACUGUUUAUUGUAUACAUGUGCCUGAAUGUCUGCUAAUACUGUAAAUGUAUCUGCACUAUACCCAUUUUAUGUUAACUGCAUUAGUGUAGGUACUUGUUGGCACCUUGAUAUUAUAACAUACUUAUAUGUCUGCAGGUUCAGUUAAGUCUGUACUCAUUUAAUUAAAAAAAGAGAAGCUGUUUUUACAUAGUAAAGAUUUUGCAAGUGACGCAAGAAAAUAAAACUGGAGUUUUGGUGGAA